AUGGAAGAUAUUGAUGCAAAGUUCGAAAAUUUUAUAAACGAUCUCGAGAAUUCUCCAAUGCCGUCAAAUUUAUUGGAGGUGGAAAGAAUGAAAACUUCAAUUGAAGAAACAAAAAUCCGUCUAGAAUUAAUGAAAAAGGAGAAAAUUGAAGAAAAAGAGGUUUUAAAGCUAGAAGAAAACCAAUUAAAAAAGGACAUUGAAAACCUCAAGAAUGGUUACUACUGCUUAAUAAUGAACGAAAUGCGCGGCGAAAAUAGUAUUUCGGAGGGGGGCUCGAUUCGAGCAAGUCGUAGCGAUUUGUCGAUAUCGACGUCUUCUCCGAGACUCGAAUCUAAUGCAACAUCUUCUACUUCAUGUUUCACUGAUGGAUUGACUCGCCGUGAUUUGAGUUCAGAUUUAAUUUGUGCCAUUUGUAAUCAACUGUUUGAAAGACCAGUUCUCGUCACUUGUGGCCAUUCGUUCUGUGAGGCGUGCAUUGAACGACGUUGUCGGCACACACGUGAAUGUUUCAUUUGCCAGAAAGACGUCGGCGACUUCGAGGCCAUGAUCCCGAGUAUAACAUUGGAUAAUCUAGUUCGCAAGUUGAAAUUGUCUGAUAACGGCAGUCUAGAUGACUUGUUUAUCUGCGAAGAAGCGUCAAAAAGCAGAAUGGAACGCAGUUUGUCGACGAGAUCCAAAAAACGAUGCUACUUUUCAAUCGCAGCACCGACAGUUUGCGCAAGCCCUAUUAACCUACCCCGUCGUCAUCCGUUGUCUCCAAAUGCACUGCCUGUCAAAAGCUCAUUGAAGUACGCGAUGUCGCCGUCGAGAAUAUCAAUGCAAUCAGAUUCGAGCUAUUGCGAAGUCGAUGGAAUGUAUAAGUCGGGUGAAAAUGCUGCCAAGCCUGAUCAUUUUCGUCGAAAUUCAUUUGGUAGAAGAUCGGAAAGAUUUACGACGUCGACUAGAAGCAAUCGCAAUGAAACUGGAGAAGUUGAUAAUGAGAAUGACAAAAACUUUAAGAGAAAUUCGCUUCUUCGUCGCAGUUGGAAUGCUCUUAAACAGAAAACCACUGGUCGUCGAAGUUUUACGUUAAUUAUUGAGGAACCUGAAGAUUAUGAUGAUAAUGAAAUAGUUGAUGAACAAAUUGACGAGAAAUUUGGAGAAUCAAAGCGACGUUCAUUGCUUGGAAAAGCUUGGAAGAAAUUAUUUGUUUCGAAAAAAUCAAAUCGAAGAAUAAUAAUGGAUAAACGCGGAGUAGCAAACCCAACGCUCAAAUAUUCGCCACAAGAACCGCUUCUGGAGAAUUGCGAAGUCGAUGUUGUCAAACACAAUCUUGGCUAUUACGCAGGAAUUGGGAAAAAGUUUGAGCGUGUCGCUAGCGGCGAAGAAAUAGCGAUUGUCGUAUUCGGGCAUACACAAUCCGGAAAAACUACAUUCGUUCGCGCAUUAAAAGAAUGCUUUAUUAAUUGUGAUUCAUCACCAAUCCGCGUGCUCACUUUAUCAGAGCGAUAUUCAUUGGGCGGAAUAUACUCACUACCAUAUCCAGAAGGCGAUAAUCGUCUUCCGCAUAUUGUUUCAGUCGUUAUGAAAUUGGAUGAAGACACUGAAACAUUUAUCGAUAUUAUUGAUCCAGAAUAUGAUGAUUCUUGCCUUCCACAGGCUUAUAUGGAUGCUUGCGAUGCGGCAUUCUUUAUUAUUGAUACGCGCAAUUGCGCGAGUAUUUUGUCGGCUCAUCAAAUUCAGAGAAAUCUUAAGCAUGGACAGGAAAAGCAGGUGCCAUGCGAAAUAGUGGUGAAUGUUCCUGAUGAGAACACCGAAAGUCGUUUGUUAUCAGCUAAUGUGUGCGAGAAUCUUGCGAAAAAUAUGAAGUCGUCAAUGGUCGAAAUUUGUGCAAAAAAAUUGAAUCACAAGGCCAUGGAAGAGCUAUUGUUCAUGACGUACCAACAAAUUUGUGAAUCGCGUCGAAUGCAACGAUCUCGUCAGGGAAUUCUCGUGUAA